CGUCCACAUCUAAGCGGCGGGUGCGCGCAUCGAAGGGCGCGUCCGUGUGAGUCAAGUGUGCGAGAGAGACUGACUGCAUCAGCGUUCAUUCAAUUCCUCCUUACACGCCGAUUAACACAGAGACGCCGCAAUGGCCUCCGGAGUUACAGUUCAAGAAGAUGUGCUGACUAUUUUCAAUGAAAUGAAAGUGCGUAAGGCACAGGCCAAUGAAGAGGAGCGAAGGAAGAGGAAGAAGGCUGUGUUGUUCUGCCUGAGUGAGGACAAUAAGCAAAUCAUCAUGGAAGAGGGUCGUGAGAUCCUGCAGGGGGAUGAGGGCGAUCCCUACCUGGAGUUUGUCAAGAUGCUACCCCCUAAUGACUGCCGUUAUGCUCUGUAUGACGCCACCUACGAGACCUCUGAGACCAAGAAGGAGGACUUGGUAUUCAUCUUUUGGGCCCCAGAGACUGCUCCACUGAAGAGCAAGAUGAUCUAUGCCAGCUCCAAGGAUGCAAUCAAGAAGAAGUUCACAGGUAUCAAGCACGAGUGGCAAGUGAACGGGUUGGAGGACAUCAAGGACCGAAAGACCCUUGCUGAGAAGCUUGGGGGCUCUUCAGUGGUCACCCUUGAAGGGAAGCCUCUGAAUGAUUGAGGCCAAUACUCUGGUGGGAUAGAGCUGUAUAGCUGUUCAUUUCAGCAUGGGUCGGGCAGGGGCGCAUGGCAGUGAUGCUGGUGGGUGGGCUGGGUUGGGAAAAAGUGACAGUUUCCAAACUCCACAAAAUAAUUUGGCUGUCAUUGAAUUUCACGCAUACCAAGAACACAGUUUAAAAAAAAUAAUCAUAAAUUGAAGUCUAUUAUAACUGUACGUGUGUGCAGGCAGGUUUUGUUCCUUUCUGGUUCCUUUAGAUUGUUUAAGGAAGUUGAGGCAGAACAGCAAAUAUUAACAUUAAACUAUUGAAUCUGCAGAAUACUGUUCAUUUACACAAUGGUUUUUUUAUUUUACUUUUUUUUUGCGCGCCAAACUUCUAGUUAAUUUUUCUAAGUAUGUGUGUAGUUGAGAUUAGGUGUAGUACAAAACAACUUGCUCCAUAUGUGAUUGCACAAGAUGCAUCAAGACGACCAUUUUGGGAACAUGAAUUGUCUCUCUUCUCAUUCCCCCUUCCCUUCUUGUUUUACAGUUCCAAGUGUUUUAAUGAUUCCAGCUCUUAUUUGCAAACGUUUUGAAAUUUGAUUCUAAACUAUGGCACUGGUGUCA